ACGCAGCGCGGUGACACCCUUCCUUGGGUCGUGUUAUAAUGUGGGUUGAUCGUUCUGUAUGAAUAUUUUUAUCGUAGCGGACAGGCGGAGUGUGUUUUACAUAACAGGUAAAACCACCAGUUUAUGAGCCAUUUUACACUGGAGAGGAACAGCCAGGGUGAUAUUCUGAUAAUGGCGGACAAGACCGAGGUUAAUCCGGACGAGGAAGGGCCGGAGGUUGAGGGGAUCCUGGAGGAUGAAGAGGAUCUGGAGGACGAGACUGAUGCUAAGCCGGACAGAAAGGGGAGGUUCUUCUUGUUCGGGCGCAGCGGAGGGGGGGCGUGGAGUUCGUGUGACCCAGUGAAUGGCCUUCAGAAAGGUCUGGCAAGAGAGAACCUGCUGACUCAGGGCGCAGGGGACCUGGGGGGCCCGGAGGAGCGACAGCCACUGCAGUACAGCGUGCAGAAGGGCUGGGUGCCUGUGCACUCAGCAUGGUACCACCUUCAAACAGCCCACGGGUACUUUGAGCCGCUUGGCACCGACAUCUCGUGUUUCGCAGGGAUGAACGUGCGGAACGGCACCGACCGGGAUGGUGACGAGCUGUUUCAAUGCUUCAAGAACUUGGGCUUUAAUGUCUGUGUGUACAACGACCAGACGUGCAGCAAGAUGGAGGCGCUGCUGAGGAAAGCCUCUGAGGAGGACCACAGCAACAGCUCCUGCUUCGCCUGCAUCCUGCUCACCCAUGGUGAGGAGAGCAUGGUCUUUGGCACGGACGGGGUCAUGCCCCUCAAGACGCUGACCUCUCUCUUCCGGGGGGAUGUGUGCAGGAGCCUGGUGGGCAAGCCCAAGCUCUUCUUCAUCCAGGCUUGCCGAGGUUCCCAGUUUGACGAUGGAAUCGAGACCGACUCCGGGCCCCCAAAAGACACACUGGAGACCGACGCAAACCCCAGAAACAAGAUCCCCGUGGAGGCCGACUUCCUGUUUGCCUACUCCACUGUGCCCGGUUACUUCUCCUGGAGGAACCCAGGUCGAGGGUCUUGGUUUGUUCAGGCACUCUGCUCCGUGCUCAAGGAGUUUGGAAAACAGCUGGAGAUCAUGCAGAUCCUCACGCGCGUCAACUACAAGGUCGCCACCAGCUUUGAGUCCUGGUCUGAGGACCCACACUUCCACGAGAAGAAGCAGAUCCCAUGUAUUGUCUCCAUGCUGACCAAGGAGCUGUACUUCCGGGGCUGACCUGGAGCGAUGAGGCCAUGUGCUGUGGCUGUCCUCGUUACUCUCUGUACCUUUUAUUUUUCUGAUUUUUUUGGACCAUCAAUGUGGGAUAUCCAGUGUGGGAAUUGUGCCUUAAGUGUGUAAUUUCAUGUGUAAGCAGUUAGCAAAACCGUCAGCAGGAACAGUCUUUUAUCUGUAUUUGAUAAUCAUCUGCCAUUUACUGUCUGGGCCCUGAUAGACAGAAGAUUACAGGUGUCUCUUUCUGUUUCUAGAACUUUCCACCAAGCGGAAACUUUCCACCUGGGCUUCAUGGUUAUGAGAUUAUUGCAUGACUCAAAUUUUCCCAGAAAAUGUUAGAGCCCUUUGGCAUGACACACUAACAGCAAAGUGGACAGCCCCCGCCGCUGCCCCCGCCACUGCCCCCGCCAGUCCAUAAGGCCGGGUCUGCUGAUUUGCAGUGCUGUGCUCUGCAGUCUGGGAUUUUUUGGUAUAUGCCUCUGCAUGUGUGUAUUUACACAUAUUACCGAUACAUGCUUGCCAAUGGAGAUACAAGCGCACUACUGGGGCACUCGCACCCUGCCCAGUGACACAUCACUGCCAAUCAUAGAAGUACCCAAAUAUAAAGAGCAGACGGCCUUUUGUCGCCCGCACACUGGCACCAUGCAGCUGGUCACGCGUGCAACAUUACUGACGUUCCUGGGGAAACAGAGGGGGUCACGCCUGCGACUGGACACCCUACGGCAGAUGUUCACCAAGCCAAAGCCGUGUCUUUUUCACUGUGACUCCCAAAGACACACAUUGCUGGGGUUAGCUGCUCUUAUUCUGUGCUCAGGGUUAUUUCAUACUCUAACUAUAACCAGAAUCAACAGUAUUGCCAGUACUUCCUCUCUCAGUCAACUGACCAGUUAACAUGUGUCAUGUGACCUUCCCAGUUUAGCUCACAUACACUGUUCUCUCCAGUCUUCUUCCUUUUUAUUUUGAUUUUAAUAUCUGUCUGAUGAUGAUGGUGUGAUGAUGAUGAUGAUGGUGCUAACUGAACAUAUUCUCUGAGACCUUGAAGAGCAGAGAGAGAGUCACAUCAAGGUCAGCCAGCUUCUCCCUCAUCCUGCUCAGCCCUGCUCUAAAGCACCAGCUAGUCUACCUUUGAAGGGAAAACACUAUUUCUAAAUGGAAUCAGUGGGAUACUUGACAGUGUUUGCAUGGUCACCCUCAGGAAAUAUAUCUAUCAAUGUGGAGCAGGCAGUUCGGGGAGGGAGGGAGGAGUCCCAGCCGCAGAAUCACCAAUGGCAAAACCACCCCAAGGUUUCUAAGCUGGUGGGUUUGUUUGAAAAGCUUGUAUAAAAACAUAACAAUGCAAGCUCAAUAAAUGUGUUUUGUUACAACAGGU